UUUAAAAUUUCAGUCCGACUUUGCUUGGACCGAUUUGAGGAAGCUAGAAAAUACACGAUUUGUCAGCAUUUAUUCUGAAGUUAACUGGGCCGGGAAACAUCUGUCAGUCAUCCGUUUAUAUCUGUUGGACUCUUUGGUGUCUUGUAAGUGCAAGUGUUUUGGAAACAGAACGUUAACUUGGAGUAGAACGUUAGGUUAAUUAUCUCACAGCCCAGCUGGUUGGCAUAAACAGGAGCUGUGAUCACGGGUUUACCAAUUUAUAGGUAAAGGCAUUCCGGUGCAAAUACCGGUUUCACGCUUUUGUAACUUAUUUUGUUCAGUUUACAAGUAAAGCUGGAUUCUCGUAGGCGUUCUCUGACAAUGAGUUCCCAAGUGGCUAAUUGCGGUAAAAAGGAUGAAAAGGGCAAAAACAUCCAGGUGGCUGUACGAUGCAGGCCAUUCAACGCAUCAGAGCGCAAGUCUGGCUCACAUGGAGUUAUCGAUUGCGACCUAAACAGAAGAGAAGUAUCAAUUCGAACUGGAGGUGUUACUGACAAAAAUGCCAGGAAGACUUACACAUUUGACAUGGUGUUUGGACAACCAUCUAAGCAGAUUGAUGUAUACAGAAGUGUGGUGUGUCCUAUUUUAGACGAGGUGAUGAUGGGCUACAAUUGUACCAUUUUCGCCUAUGGCCAAACUGGGACAGGGAAAACCUUUACGAUGGAAGGCGAGAGAUCUCCUGAUGAAGAGUUCACAUGGGAGGAGGAUCCUCUGGCUGGGAUUAUUCCACGUACACUGCAUCAGAUCUUCGAGAGGCUGACUGCCGGUGGCACCGAGUUUUCCGUCAAAGUCUCCUUGCUUGAGAUCUACAACGAAGAGCUGUUUGACCUGCUCAGUUCUUCUGACAUAUCUGAACGCCUUCAGCUGUAUGACGAUCCUAGAAACAAGCGAUGUGUCAUUGUGAAGGGACUGGAGGAGAUCACUGUCCACAAUAAGAAUGAAGUUUAUCAAAUUCUGGAGAGGGGGACUGCCAAGAGGAAAACCGCAUGCACUUUGAUGAAUGCAUACUCAAGUCGUUCCCACUCUGUCUUCACAAUCACUAUUCAUAUGAAGGAGGUCACCUUAGAGGGAGAGGAGUUGGUAAAGAUUGGGAAACUGAAUUUGGUGGAUCUGGCAGGCAGUGAGAACGUAGGCCGGUCCGGUGCGGUGGACAAGCGUGCCCGCGAGGCCGGCAACAUCAACCAGUCUCUGCUGACGCUGGGCCGCGUCAUCACGGCGCUGGUGGAGCGGGCGCCGCACGUGCCCUACCGGGAGUCCAAGCUCACGCGCAUCCUGCAGGACUCGCUGGGCGGCCACACCAGGACCUCCAUCAUCGCCACCGUCUCCCCGGCCUCCAUCAACCUUGAGGAAACUUUGAGCACGCUGGACUAUGCAAAUCGAGCAAAGAGCAUCAUGAACAAACCAGAAGUCAACCAGAAACUGACCAAGAGGGCCCUUAUCAAGGAAUAUACAGAGGAAAUCGAACGGUUGAAGCGCGAUCUAUCAGCCACUCGUGACAAGCAUGGAGUUUACCUGUCUCCUGAGAACUUCGAGGGCCUCAACAGCAAACUGGCAGCUCAAGAAGAGCAGAUUACGGAGUACACAGAAAGAAUUGAUGGCAUCGAGGAAGAGCUGAAGAGAGUCACUGAGCUGUUUUCUGACAGCAAACAGCAACUGGACCAGUGCACAGAGGAGCUGCAAGGGGCAAGUCUGCAGGUGCAGGAGAUGCAGAGAGACCUGCAGCAGGCAAAAGACGAGCUCAGCCAGGAGCAGUUUGUUGCCUUGGAGCUCGCAAGCACAGAGGAAGCCCUGCAUAGCACUGCCAAUCAGCUCCUAGCUACAGCUGAGGGGAGUGUCAGCGACGUGUCUGGUCUCCACGCCAAGCUGGACAGGAAGCGAGAGGUGGAGGAGCACAACUCGUCUGUGCGGCAGGGCUUCACGCAGCGCAUCAACGCCUGCUGCAGCCAGAUGCAGGCGUCUAUUCAAGAGAACAGCGCCAAACACCUGGGCAUGAUGGAUUACUACAACAGCACAGCAUCCAAACUCCAUGGGAUGGUGAGCGAGUCCUGCGCGCAGGCUGCCCUGGACUCUGAGGCCCUGGUGGCCAACGUGAAGAGUGCCGUGGGGGAGAGCGUUCAGCAGUGCGAGGCUCAGAUACUGGAGCAAAGCCACUUGUGUCAGCAGACCAAAGAGGUUCUGCACAAGGCACUGGAUGAACAUCGGCUCCAUCUGCAAGAGACCCUGAUGGCGCAGGCAAUGCCUGGAAUCACUGCAAUACUGGAGAGACAUGAUGUUUUUAAACUGCAGCUUCAUGCUUUCCAUGGGCUUAUUGAGAAGAUGGUAUGCUUGAGAAAUGAUUUGGAGUCCCAUUCCAAGGACCAGAUUUUGGCGUUUGCUGCCAUGAAACAGACAGCUACAGAUGAGAUCAGCACUCUUCAAGCAGAGCUGGAGAAGAUGAAGACCAAAAUCAGCCAUGGCUCCAAAAAACAGAACAUCAUGCUGAAGCAGCUGAGGGAGCAAAUGGAUUUGCUGGCGUCAGAGAUGCAGGAGGAUGCAGAUGGCCUCCUGAGCUCCGCCGAUGCGCUACGUCACCCGGUACAGGAGCUCCAGAGCUCUCUACUGAAGAAGUGCUCUGAGGCUGAAGGAGAGGUGGUGGGAGCGCAUGGCCGCCUGGGAGCGAUGGCCGACGAGCUGAUCUCCGGAACGCAGCAGGCAACCGCUGAUUUGAGCCAGACCAUAGAGGAUUCCCAGGGCUACUGCCACUCCGUCCAGACCGCUCUGUCCACUCUAGAGGACGCCACCAUCCAGUGGUCCUCCACAGUGAAGGCGGAGGUGGAAUCUAGGACUCAGACGCAGGUCUCCCUCAUUCAGGCAAACGCUGAGGUCUUCCGGGCCCUUCAACAGAAUGUCAGCGUCCGUGCCGAGAGGGACCUGCUGCAGCUGAGCGAGCGUCUCGUUAGCCGGCGGGCGGACGCCGAGGUGCUGCUGACCGCCGGUCAGGAGCGGGCGGGCCACGAUCGCCUGGCGCUGCGGCAGCAGGCGGAGAGCCUGUCCUCCCAGGUGGACCACACUAUGGACGCCGCUCACGGCUUCCUGCAGGAGCUCAGGGAAGACGCGCCCACUGGUAUGACGCCGAAGAGGAAGGAGUACUCGUACCCACGCGAGCUGGUCCGGUCCCGCAGCCGCGGUGAGCUGCUAAAACAGUUCAGAGUCCAGCAGGAGCAGACCCAGUGCACCACCCUGGAGGAGGAAGAGGAAGAAGAGAAGCCUAUUGACCAGGAUUCACUUGGAGAUUCAGAGGAGGUCAGCAACUGCAGUGACAGUAUGGUCUCCGAACCCUCUUAUGGGGAUGAGAACAUCAUGUGUCAAGAAGGCAACAGGGUUCCCUUUUUUAAGAAGAAGAAGGCCAACAAAGAAAAACCUGCAAGCCUGUCCAAAUUACCAGACAAUCCGUCCGCACCCACUAAGACAAAGCUACCUCUUAGAAGUCAAAAUUAAGAAUUGUUGGUUUUAUUUUUAUAUUUUAAUGUUAUGUUACGUUAUUUUAAUAUUUGUGUGUACUUUUAUGUGUUGCUUUGAAAGCUGUUUUUCUUUCUGUUUGUGCACAUGAAUAAAGUAUGUAUGUUCUUUUCAGAUAUAAUAUAUAUAAUGUUGAAAAUCCAAUGCCAUGAUUUUAAUAAAUUGACAUUUAGCAAUCAGUUAAUGCAUUCUGAUCAUGACAACCUUUUUCUUUAACCCUUUGAUGCAUAAAUUAUGAAAACCUGAAUCAGAUCAUCAAAUGUUUUUGUAUGUCAGGGCAUGGAUAUUUUAUUACCAUGUAGGCUACUUUAUACCCAUGUCCACUCUAGUGGGCUACAUGCACUUGAGCACUUAACUUGAAGCAAUAUGUAGUUAAUAGAAACAUUUAUUAAUCUCUGUAUCAUGUUAAAUCAAUAAACACAUUGGCUUUAAUGCUUAUAA